AUGGAACAGAAAGAACUCCUUGUUCCAUAUUUGAAGGGUGACGCUAAUGCUACGAUUGCCUAUAGCCGGAUGUGUCGCUCACUUACCACUUUCAAAGAAGCCGACGAAAGCAUGAAAGCAAAUCUCAUGCAACAACUCAUCGAAAUGGGAGAGUUUUUGGGCGAAAACACCACCGAUCUUGUCAAACAAAUUGUCAACAUUCCGUGGUGGAGCAUUCCGAAAGCACUCAUUCCCGGCUAUCAGCGUCUUCUUCUCGACACGGCACUUCAUUUCAGUCCGCAUAUUGAACUUGUCUUUCAAGCUUGCGUCUACAACUUUAAACCAGCAAUUGGAAAAGAAUACACCGAUCAAGAGUUGGAUGAACAGUUCAAAUUGGCUCAUUCUCUCAUUGUACAGAUACUUCGUUGUGUUCCAAUGUCUGUCAAUCUACUCUACAAAAUUAUCACCAAAUUUCCUCAUCACAGUGUAGAUACAAAACUCUACGUUUGGUAUUUUCGAAAUGUGGUUCUCGUUGGAGAGUGUGCUCCACAAUUGCGCUUUAAACUUUGGGAAGCACUUAUUCAAAACCUACUGGUUCUCGACGCUUACUUGUUGCACAAGAAUAACGACAAAGAGGAGAAUGGAGAGGAGCUGAAUAUCUUCAAGCUGGACGAGGAGACCAAUGAAGAAAAAGGGCAAACGAAAGAGCCGGCAUCGAAACAACAAGAGACUUUGGAUGCGUGCAUGUUGGUCGUCUAUCAGUAUAUCACGCGGAAAAUGGGACAUGUUGUUGAAGACGCACCUUGGCUUCGACUCGGGGAAGAUGUUGACGUUUUGCAACUCUUGGCCGAGCCUUUCGAGCUUCAUCUUCUGAUGUCUGGUGAUGCAAGCAUUGUGCCGUUCAUCUGGCUAUAUGCUUGUAGUCUCAAUCCGCGAUAUCCAUCACAAUUCUUCGAGACACUCUGGCAUCGGAUUACCCUUCCACAACGAGCACAAAGUGAUGCGAAGAGGAGCCAGAAUGGCGCGUCACUUCUGGCAGCGUUCUUGGCUCGGGCAAGCUAUGUGGAUACUGAUGAGGCGUUCGAUUGGUUGAGACGAAUUUGUGAUUGGCUCCUUUCUUACAUUGAUUCGCAGACAGGCGUCUCCAGUGCAUCGCCCGCCCCAGGAGCGUUGAGACACGGCACAUUCUAUGCACUCUGCCAGGCUUUCUUCAUCAUUUUCUGCUUCAGAUAUAAGCGAAUUGUUGCCAAUGCACAAAAAUGGGAUCAAGUUCGUAGUUGGAAUUUGUCACGUAUUGUCAACUCGUACCUCGAUCCGCUCAAAUUUAUCAGUCGCCCUGUUGCCGUUUGUUUUGCCACAAUUGCUCGUUCGCUUCAAUUGGUUUACUGCUCACACCAACUGGCUGCCGUCUCGAAAGGCGACAGCGCACAACCAUUUGAGUCGUCAUUUCCACUUGAUUCAUACAGUUUGCCUACAACCUCAUCGCUGAUAACUCCAUUGAUGCGUCAUUUCUCUCCAUUGGCUGAAGAUUUGCCAAUUUUGAAACAAGAAUUUGCUCAAGAAAAGGCCAAGAAAAAGUCGCUGGUUGCAUCGGAUCUUGAGGACUUUGGUGAAUCGUCAUUGGCAUUCCUUGAUGAGGCUGAAGAACCGAUGAUUCUAGGUUCACCAAUGAACAUCUCGGCUUUUCCGAUCUCAAUAGAAACUUCCGGUCGCUUGCCGCAUCAGUUUUCUUCCUACUAUUCGACUAGUCCUGGAUUAAAGGUAUUCGACUUUGGCCAGACGAUGAACAUGAAUAAGUUGAGUGGAAUGCGA